AUGCCCACUCACCUCCAUCACCCAACCACCGCAACAACUGCAACGAAUCCAGAACACGUGAAACUUUGUUUCUCUCUUCCGAUGGGGCCCGAUACCCACGGACCGCAUUGCUGUACCUACUCCUCCUCUCACAUGCAGAAACAAAAGCAAAUAACCAAGAGAGCGUAA